AUGUCACUUGUAAGACAACAAGAUGGUGAAGAUAAAUUAAGUGGUAAGUCAGUUCCUAACACAGCAAAAUCUCACAAAACUAGUUCGAGUCAAAGUAGAAAUAGAAGUGUUACAGAAGUUGUUGAUGAGCUUAUAAAGAUACAGGAAGAGGAGACAGCUGUAAUAAUCUCUUAUGCACAAGCAAAUGCUUUAGCUGAAAAGGCUAUGGCUGAGGCUGAGGCUGAAAAGGCUAUGGCUGAGGCUGAGGCUGACAAAAGACUGGCUCAAGUGCAAGAAGAAGCCAAGCUGAAAGAAAUAGAAGUCAAGAAGAGGUUACUUGAAGGUCGUCUUUCACUUCUCAGUAAGGGAUCGUCUAGGGGUAGCAGUAAGUCAUCACGGCGGACGCUCGAUUCACUUCUACAAGAGCCAAUAUCGACUAAGGAAGGAGAUGUUUUGUGUUCCCCUCAAGAUAUGCAACCUAAAUCUCAAAGUUACACAAAUAACAAUCAGUUUGAAUCAAAUAGAAAUGCAGUAGUAAAUAAAGGAUAUUUAACCAACGAUGAAAAGUCAGUUAGAAAGAAGAUGCCUGCAACAGUUUUAUCUACUCUACCAAGCUUCAGCGGAAAUCUUGACCAAUGGCCCGCUUGGAUAGCUGAGUACAAUCGUUCAACUGAAUUGAAUGAUUACACGGACCUGGAGAAUCUUCAGAGACUACAGAAGUCCCUGUCCGGAAAAGCAAAGGAAAUGAUUUCAGCCCUAUUGAUAUAUCCCGAAAACGUAAAAGAAAUUAUAAAUUUGUUGGAAAAACGUUUCGGAAGACCAGAAAUCAUAAUUAAGAACUUAAUUGCAAGUGUGAGAAGUCGCCCACCUACAAAAGAUUACAAGCCUGACACUUUGGUGACUUUCAGCGACAUGGUGCGAAACUUAGUGGUGACAGUGAAGUCCUUGAAGCAAGAUCAUUAUCUGUUCAACCCCCAACUGAUGGAAGAAUUGACGGAUAAGCUAUCCACCAACAUGAAACUUAAUUGGGGAAUGCACGUCACAUCACCACAGUCUCAAAUAAAACAUCCUGUCGGCCUGGACACCUUUUCAACGUGGCUUUCUUCUAUGGCAGAUGCAGCAACUGUAUGUGCUGCUCCUAGUACAUCAUCUUUACCUGGGAACUACAAAAGUGCAACAAGUGGGAAUUCAAACCAAAAAAACUAUGUGCUUAUCCAAGAAGAAAGUGACAAAAGACCUGGAAAGCGGAUGUGUCUUUGCUGUAAGAAAAAAGAACAUUGUUUAGAAGACUGCAAGCAGUUCUUAGAAUAUGAUGUGAACAAGCGAUGGGACACAGUCAAGAGUUGCGCAAAGUGCCGUAAAAGGGUUGCCUGUGGAGUGAACGGUUGUACCUACUCUCACCACAAACUGUUGCACUGUCUCACAAAGAAAGAAGGUGAGAACACAAAAAAUCCUGAACCAACUGAAGUACAAACAGAGCACGUAGGUUACCAAGAGGAAGCGAUAGCAAGGGUUCUCUUAAGAGUUCUCUCUGUAACUUUGGUGGGGAGAAAUGGAGUUCAAAUUGACACGUAUGCACUUAUUGAUGAUGGCUCUACCGUUUCCAUAAUUGAAAAAGAUUUGGCAGAAGAACUUGGAAUUGAAGGUCCUGAAAAACCUAUAUCGUUUUCAUGGACAGAUGGGUCUGUUUACACUGAAGAGCAGUCUCAAACCUUAUCAGUGACAGUUCUUGGAGAAACAGGAGAAGAGUUAUUACUGGACAAUGUGAGGACAUUGAGAGAGUUGCAGCUACCAACACAAUCAAUUAGCAUGGAGAAAAUGAAAAGAAAAUGGUCGCAUCUACAAGACAUCCCAGAGGAAGUUUUCAGACGUGGUCGGCCAAGACUCCUCAUUGGACAUGAGCACAUCCACCUGACAGUUCCUCUGCAAGUCGUGAUCGGGCCUGCCAAUGCACCUAUUGCACUGAAGUCAAAGUUGGGAUGGACAAUUAACGGCCCCACUGGAAAAAGCACUUACCAAACUCGAGUCGAUAAAGAAUUUGUGAUGUUUAAAAGCGAGAUAAGUUCAGAGAUGGAAGAGCUUAAUUCGAUAGUCAAAAGAAGUUUCGAUACAGACUUUUUUGAUUGCUCAGAUUACAACUGUAAGAAGACUGAAGAGGAAGUGAGAGCAGAAACAAUUUUGGAAAAUACAUGUUCUCAGAAAGAAGAUGGAUGCUGGCAAGUUGGUUUGCUUUGGAAAAAAGACAAUCCUCACUUACCUGAAAGUCGAUCUGUUGCUUGGCGAAGAUUAAACUAUGUCGAUGAAAAAAUGAAAGAAAAUCCAAAACUUAGCGAACAAUAUCAUAAACAGAUAUUAAGCUACGCUGAAAAGGACUACGCAGAGAAGCUGAGCCCAGAAAAAGCUAACAACAGAAGUGAGAAGACAUGGUAUCUCCCUCACUUUUCUGUGAUCAACCCAAGGAAACCAGACAAGUUCCGGUUUGUGUUCGACGCGGCUUCGAAAUCUCACGGCCAAAGCUUGAACAGUUAUCUACUUCCUGGGCCAAAUUUGUUUAACAGUUUAAUUGGUAUUCUAUUUCAAUUUAGAAAACACAAGAUUGCAUUUGCAGCAGACAUAGAAGAAAUGUUUCUGAGAAUAAAAAUAAUUGCAAAAGAUCAAGAUGCACUACGCUUUCUCUGGAGAGGAGAAAAUAGAAACCUUGAAGAAUGGUGUAUGACAUCUAUGAUUUUUGGAGCGGUGUGUUCACCUACUAGUGCCAUCUAUGUCAUGAGGAAAAAUGCAGAAAAAUAUGGAAAAGAGAACCAAGAAGCUUUACAUGCUAUACAAGAGCAGUUUUACAUGGAUGACUAUCUGGACAGCAGAGAAACUAUUGACGAAGCAGAAACUUUGGUAAAAGAUGUUGUAAAUAUCUGCCAGAAAGGAGGAUUUAACUUGAGGAAUGUCAUCAGUAAUUCAGAGGAACUAAUUAGUUCACUGCCCAAGUCAAAUGGUCAAGCAAUUACUCGAAUGAAGAAGUGGGAUUAA